AAGCGGCUGGAGGCUGGAGGUCUGCAUCGCUGCGAGGCCCAAGGGAAGGGCGAUGGCGGCUUUGCCUUGAGGGCCUUGGGGUCUCUUCUCUGCCCCAUCCCAGCCUCCUUGGUUGCAACAAGGCAGGAGGAGAGCUCCUCUGCGCUGCCCUGGCUUCGCCGUAGCAGGUCGGAUUGGAUGCCGAGGGCGCCUGCAAGCAGGGCUUUGGCGUGAGCCCAGGGGAGCCUGGCGGGCGCAGGACGAGGCAUGGCCGAAGGGCAGAGGGACGCCCGAGGAGGCGGCGGCGGAGAGCUCUGGGAAAUCGACGUGGAGGGCCUGGAGGAAGAGGAGGAGGCGGACGGGAAUCACCAGCCUCAGCAGCAUCAGGAGCCUCCCGGACCCAGGCUGGAGGAGGAAGAGGAGGAGGAGGAGGAGAUGGAAGAGGAAGACAUGGAGGACGAUGAUGAUGAUGAGGAGGAGGAGGACGGUGGCGGGGGUCUGCGAGGUCCUCCUCCUCUUCCUCUUCCCCUGGUCUCCCCUCCGACCAAGGCCCCGGAGAGACCGACAUCAGCAGCACUGCCACCUCCAUCGCCGGCCCCGUCUUGCGGGGAGCCCCCCGCUGCUGCUGGGCGGAAGCUGAGCCGGACCCCGAAGUGCGCCCGGUGCCGCAACCACGGCGUGGUCUCCUGCCUGAAGGGCCACAAGCGCUUCUGCCGCUGGCGCGACUGCCAGUGUGCCAACUGCCUGCUGGUGGUCGAGAGGCAGCGCGUCAUGGCCGCCCAGGUGGCCCUCCGAAGGCAGCAGGCCACCGAGGAUAAGAAAGGGCUUACUGGGAAACAAGCGAACUUUGAACGCAAGACAGUGUACCAAAGGCAUGUCCGGACACCGAGUUUGCUGGCUAAAAGCAUCCUGGAAGGUUACCGGCCCAUCCCAGCAGAUCCUUACCUUAGUGGGAAUUCAUCCUUGCCACCUCCUGUGAGUGACAGAAUGAGAAAAAGGCGGGCUUUUGCUGACAAAGAGCUGGAGAACAUUAUGCUUGAAAGGGAGUUCAAGGAAAGAGAAAUGUUGGAAGCCACCCAGGCUGCUGCCUUUUUCCUGCCUAACCGCAUGGUGCAUGGAACAGAAUAUAAUCCGUACAAAACUGCCUUUAGUCCAAAUCAGGUUGAAGCUUCCAAUAAGGAAUUCUGUGGCUUCCUACCAACUUGCCUAGAUCUAACUAUGCAGUAUUCAGGUUCAGGGAACAUGGAACUCAUUUCAUCAAAUGUGAGUGUAGCCACCACCUACAGGCAAUACCCUUUACCCUCAAGGUUCCUGGUAUGGCCAAAGUGUGGUCCCCUCAAUGAUGCCCUUCUCUAUCAGCAGUGCCUUCUAAAUGCCUCUGCAGUGCAGUCUCUCAAACCUGGGGCUGUCUGGGAUCCUAAGGCUUCACAAGGCCAGGAUUGUCCAAACCCUGAGCAUGAUGUGAUGCCCUCAAAGAAUGAAAACUCAUUCCUGCUUCCUCCUGUUCAAGAAAUUCAGCCAUCUCCAAAUGAACUCCAACACAUUCCUCAGGAGACUCGUGAGAGAUCAGCCUUUUCACCCCCUAAGAGGACUUUCUCACAGAUCUCUGACAAGGAUAAUCUGGUUCCUCAAGGACACUCCCUCAGCAAGAUCAGCAAAGAAACCACCAAGCAGCAGCUGCCACCUCCACCAGCACCUCCCAAAUAUAGCCCCUUCCAUUCAUUAUUCCAACAGACACUAUACAACAGAUCAGGACCAGAGUUAAAAAUGACAUUUGAAGAGGCAUCCAAGAAGUACAGAGAGAACACCAUCAAAGAGAACCAGAAAUACAAAUUCACUAUUGAUAGAUAUGCAAAAGACUUUUUGGGGACUAAGCAAGUUGUGACAAAAUUGUCAACCAAUGAACCAUUGUCAUUUUCUGUUGAAUCAAUUCUUAAGCGGCCAACAUCAUUGGUGACCAAUGUUUCUCAAUAAGAUAAUGUAAUUUUCAAAGGGCCCAAAGUACUGCGUUUGCACUUAUGGUUGAAAUCCUAUUAGGAACUAAAGUACAUGUGCAUUCAGUUGAACUUACUUCUGAUUAAACUUGUUUGGGAUUAGGCUGCAAGAGACUUCAUACUCUGAUCCAAGAUAUAUUUGGAAGAUUAUAUUUAAGUAAAGUGGUUCAAGGUUUUGACUUGCUCCUUGGAAAUCAACUUACUUCAGUACAGCUAAUAAUAUAUUUUACGUGCAGAUUCCCUUAAUGGGUUGUGCCCAUUGUUUUCAAUGUAAAGAUUACUGCCAUGCCUUCUGCAAAGUUGAUGUAUCACAUUACAAUUUUGUAUAAAGGAAUUUGGGAUGUAAAUGGUGAUUUUAA